GCGGUGGAGUCCAACCUAUCGGCUGCUUAAACAAAGCGACCAGUGAAGCAGAUUGUAAUUCAAAUGAAAGGCUGGAGAGGAACGCAUGGGCAGCUUGUUUCUGACACUUUAACUUUACUAAACAUCACAACAACUGAAUAAAAGAGAGGACACGCUGGACUGUGAGCUGUCCUUUAAACACAGGCUUUGUAUUUGUCAUUCACACACUUUGACUUGGUCACUGAAGCGUGAGUUCAAACUUAAAGCGUUCUUUUAUCUGCGCCUUUAGAAACAGCAGGAAACUGCUUCUACGUACAUUUGCUGCUUCAUUCACUACAAAAUGAGACAUAUCUGAAAAGGCAAAGGGAAUGAACUAAAUCUACUGAAGCGACAGUAUGAAGCGGGACACAAACCGGCCAGUUUAUCACCUGUGAGACGCUUUUUGGGGGAGAAGCUGACGGUGAGGAAAGCCCUUGAAGCUGACUGGCUGCUUAGGGAGGGGACAGCACAGACCCUGAUAAACGUGAAGCUUCAUGGUCUCUCCUGACAAAUCAUCAAUGGCCAGGAACCUCUAGCAGACACACUCCGUUGCUCCCACCCACACGAAUUUUACAGAAGUCAAAAGUUCCUUUUUCAUUUUACAGUCAAACAGUGGGCCUUGUUUAUUUAAUUUUUAUCCGACACAGCUGAAGGCCUCUGAGACGAGCUCAGGCCACACCGCUGUACAAUCAGAGAGAGGGAGACAUUUUUGGUUUUCGUUGAGUGAGAGGAAAUUUUGAAACAUUGUGCAAUGGUGCCGCAAAAGUUUUGAAAGUUGUGAGAGCGUUUUGCCAGCGAAGCGUCUGAGCGUCGGUCUGUUGGAGACGAGGGCUCCAUGUUGCAUCCAUACAGAAUGGAGAGCUAUCUCAUCCCACCUCACACAGAAGAAAUGUACGAUCCUGAGAUCUACAGGCACCAGAUUGCAGAAUAUUAUAAUCCAUAUGUGCUAGAUGCAGAUAUCCAGGCAGAUCACUGGGAGUACCAUCCUCACCCUCAUGUGCACCCCGUAGAGUUCGAAAACCUCCAAGAGACCAACUUCACAGAGCUGCAGAGCGUGCAGGCGCUCCACCCGCCGGGCCUCAUACGACACGACGCCAUCCGAUACGAAGCAGAAAACCUGCUCGAUCCGAAUCUGGGGGCACAUCCACAUGUGUUACAGCAACCAGUGGCCUUCUUCCCCCGGCCCGUGUACCCUCCACACGUGUCCCAGCGCAGCUCCGACGACGAGGACCACGGAGGAAGAAGUCCCCCUCUGGAGGUGUCUGAUGAGGAGUGUCUGAGAGACCGAGUCCCGUACGCCACCCCGGGAGAGCUGGGCAAUAAGAAGAAGAUCCGUCUGUACCAGUUCCUGUUGGACCUUUUAAAGAACGGCGACAUGAAGGACAGUAUCUGGUGGGUCGACAGAGACAAGGGGACAUUUCAGUUUUCUUCCAAGCACAAAGAGGCCCUCGCUCACCGCUGGGGGAUCCAGAAAGGCAACCGCAAGAAAAUGACCUACCAGAAGAUGGCCAGAGCUUUACGCAACUACGGCAAAACUGGAGAGGUGAAGAAGAUCAAGAAGAAGCUGACGUACCAGUUCAGCGACGAGGUGCUGGGGAAGGGCCAUCUAGAGAGGAAGUCCUACAUGUAGGCAGGAGGUGUCAGGAUGGAGCAGUGUGACAUGAGAGCUGUAGUGUUUCUGUAGAUACUUAAUCAACCGUGCUGAUCUGGUAAAUAGCAUUAUAUGAUAGCUUCAGUACUGCUGCACAGUGAGACCAGUUUCUCUGAAGAUAUACUCACAAAUGCAGCAUAAAACUAUGGACCAAGAUCCCAAAACGUCUCCUUCAAGACAUGUUGGGGACCAGUUAGUGGUGAAGGGGCGCCGUAGAGAGCUCCUGGUAAAGCUCCUGGUAAAGCUCGUCUGUCUGAACGUCUGGAUACGGAAACAGAUGAAACACGUUCAGGACCAAAUAGGAAAACGUUUUAUUUACACAUGUGUACAGAGAUUUGUCGUGUUUUCUGGUUGGCAGAGGAUUGAUGUACUGGCCACAGUUGGAAGUCACUGGAUGCUAAAGAGACCCUAUUCCUAACCUGAACCCUAUCCCUAUUCCUAUAUCUAUCCCUAACCCUAUCCCUAUCCCUGACUCUAACCUGAACCCUAACUCUAUCCCUAAGCGCUGCUGUAGACACCUGACAGGACAAAGCACAGACAUCAGGAACUUUAGGAAUCACACUCAGUCAGCUGUGGAUCAUUUUCAACCACAUGGCUUAAACGUGGCAGCUCCAGUGUCAGCUACACUCCAGUAAAAAUUAGUAAAACACAAUAAAUUCACUUUAGUUUAUCGAUGAUGACUAAAUGAUGAGUAACUAAAUGGUCAGAACGUUAAGCUCCACUUCAGAACAACCACAGCGAACAUGACGGGGACUCAACAUGAUCAUCACUUCUAAAUCCAGAUAAAGAUUUUCGGGAUCUUUGUUUUAUUCCUAAAGCGGUGCACAUCCUUCAGGUCUGUUUUGCUGUUGCUGUUUUCUUUGCCUUCCUUCUGAGUUUGUUGAUGAUGAUGCCACCGUCGUGUCUGUGAGGUGUGGAUCCAGCAUCAAGACUGGAAGCAGGAGGAACAUCAGGACAGCCUGUCCACCACCUCCACAGCUCUCUGACACACAUUCUUCUGUUUGAUCAGAGCAGAAGCUUAAACAUCUCCUCCUGCUGUACCUUCUGACUGUUUCAUACUAACACACACAUGAGGGUUGCAUCCGAGUGUCCAGGCCAACUCCUUCCUCCCACAACGCCACACGGUUGCUUUAACGACUAUAAAUAAAAGUGUAAAGUCCUAAAGCAAAAGGUUGUGCUCACAAAUAGCAGCAAAUAUUCUGUUUUUAGUUUUUAUUUUUAGAAAUGUCUGUUCUAUAUAUUUCAGUGCUUCAGUCCAAAUGUUGUUUCAUGUCAUGUGACCCCAGCCGGCCUCGACCGUCGUGUUUGACAAAGUUCUCUUUUAACUGAGUGUUAUUCUGUACAUACAUGUUCACGUUGUUGUAUUUAAACCAGCCAGAGGCACAUAGAAGUUAGUGAUGACUCACUCUGAGCACUGUGAUCAGGUGAGCUGGGACCAGAAUCACAGGUCCGUACAGGUCGGACACGUUCUUACGUUGUCAUUAAGAAUUGCUUGUAAAAAAUAAAUAAAUUGUCCAUUA